AUGUCCUAUAAACGAUCGCGGGCGACAUUUGAGGCCGACCUCCAUGCGCCUUACGCCAUCUUCGGCACCCCUUUGCCUGAGGACGGCGAACGCGACGAUGGCUCAUACCUUCCGCUGUGGAAGCAGGAGGUGAGGGAUGAUAAGGGUAGACGGAGACUGCAUGGAGCCUUUACCGGUGGCUGGAGCGCAGGCUACUUCAACACAGUUGGAUCCAAGGAAGGAUGGACGCCGUCUACCUUUGUGUCGAGCCGCUCGAAUCGCCGCAAAGAUGAAGCUGGUCAGUCCCAGCAGCGUGCCGAAGAUUAUAUGGAUGAGGAAGACCUUGCGGAUGCCGCGGAAGCGCAAACACUCAAAACCACCCAGGCAUUUGCCGGGCUAGGAUCGUCCACCCAGGAAGAACUCCGUGCCGGGGGGCUGAUGGGCCUCUUCAGAGCUGACGGAGAUACAAUGGGCCUAAAGUUGUUGCGGAGAAUGGGCUGGAAAGAUGGCCAGGGCAUUGGACCAAAAGUGCGACGAGGUGCACGCCUAGACCUCGGCGGGAAGUCUAACGUGACAGAUGGGGAAACUCACCUCUUUGCACCUGACAAUACCAAGGUCCUGCGAUUUGUCCGCAAGACAGAUCGUAUGGGUUUGGGACACAAUGGCCAGGGGAAGCUUUCUUCAUUGCGCCGUGAAAGCAAAGCAGAUAGCGACGAGGAGGCCGAUUCUCGCGACGGCGCGUUGUCGAUACUAUCCCGAGGAGAGACCAAGAAGAAGCCACAGCGAGGCGGCAUCGGGGUUGGCAUCCUCAACGACGAUGGCUCUGAUGACGAAGACCCUUACGAGAUUGGACCCAAGAUCAAAUACAACCGUGUUGUUGGCGGCGACAAGAAGAAGAAAGGAAAGAAGCUAUCUGCAACAGCGAACCCGUCGCUAAAAAACGCUCCUGUAUUUAUACCGAAAACUUCUAGAGUUGGCGGCAACCUGCGGAGAUGUCAGGACGGGCGGCUUCCUCUGGAUGGUUUUGUCUUGGCAAAUGCUAUGGAAGACUUGACCAUUACUCUAGCAAAAUAUGCGCCGCCGCCAGUUCCCCCCGACUGGAUGUCAUCUAAGGCUACUAAUGUUGAAGAUCGAGCCACUACGUUUGUUUCGGCCGCCGAGGCUGCCAAAUCGUCAACCCUCAAUGCAAAGUCUCGAGCCGCCAUCCUUGGAGAAGCCGCCCUCCCUGGAAAAUCCGUGUUUGACUAUAUAUCUGCCGCUUCCAGAGAGAAGUUGGCCGCGGCGUCAGGAAGGGUAGAUUUGCCCCCUGGCCUCGGCGAGAUCCCCGAGAAGUUUGCAAUGUCAGAAGAAGAAAAGCAAACAAUGCUAUGGGAGCAAGUUCCCAAGCUCGAUCGUGAAACGGCAAUAGCGGCCAUUGCGAGGGGUUUGCGAGGACCGUACGCAGACGAUGAAACCAAGAGGGCUCGCUACAAACGCUAUCUGGAACACCACACGAAUCCCAAACUGUCACUUCCGGACAAGCCCAGGGGAAUGUCGGAUGACGAGUUUCUUCGAGAAAUGACAGAAUUCCAUAAUUGCGCGAGGAUAUUCAAACCUAUGACUGGCUUCAUGGCAUCAAGAUUUACGACGGCUAAAGCACCACAUAGCGUUUCCGCUGAGCCAACAAAAGAAAGGGAACUCAUCUCUGUGCCCGAGCCAAAGAUUUCGGACCCGGCAGAAGAGGCCGCCAAGAUGGGAAUGUUUGGCAAAAUGACGAGAUCGGUGGAAGACUUUUACCCUACGCGACUACUCUGUAAGCGAUUCAACGUCAAACCGCCGUCACACGCCCGUCGAGACGACGAGCCCGAGGCCAGCAAAGCAACCCCAGGGCCGAGUGCGAGACCGGCUUAUGGCAGUCCCAUGGAGGACGUACAGAUGCCCUUACUCUCGGCACCUCGAACUCGGGAUGAAUCUCCUAGCCCCAUAAUGGAGAACCAAGUGAAUCCGGACCGGAACGAAGCUGUUGAAGGCAAGACAGCCAAUGCUGAUGUCCUACGGGCCAUUUUUGGCGACAAACAAUCCGCCACGUUGUCUGAGACGGAAGAGUCUGGAACUGGACCGUCUGAGUCCUCGGAGCUGAUCGAGGCCAAGGUGCAUCACGAGCACGCCGCUACGGCCACCGCUGCCCGACAACAACUGGAUCUCGACCUAGAUCGCGACGCCGCAGAGAACGAGAGUGCUGCUCACGAGGCCGAGCAGUCGCCGCCGCCCCAGUACCCCAUCUCGGAGGCUUCCUCUUCCCGCCCUCCGCCGUUCUCGUCGCUCUUCUCGUCGGUCCAAGACCAUCCCAGUGGUGAGGCCUUUGGGAAGUUUCCUGCCGUCGUUCCAGAAGGAAGUGCUUCUUCCGCAUCUGUCGCUGCGCCAGCAUACGGCUACGACUCUCGCGCUCCCGAGCCCUUAGACCCCGACCAGGCUGCUGCGCGUGCCUUUCAAGACCCUGUAGCCGAGACCAAACGUGCACUCCCCAGAGACACCAAGGGAGAGUCAAGUCGCAAGGACGACGACGCCGAACCGCCACCCGCAUACUCUGAGGGAGACAGUCCUCUCCACGCAUUCUCAUACGUAAUGGCGGCCGCAGGAGGAGCUUCGAGUAUCAUUACUCAGGUACAGCAGGGUGGACCACCUAUCAAUGCCAUCGGAGAUGUCGGCGCUGAUGAGACAAUUACCAUGGACCUACGGGGUACCAGAUUCGUCCUUUCGCGUGAUGAGCUACUCACUUUGCCCGAGUUUGUCCUGUUAUCCCUAUUUCCCAAUGGGUUAUUCCCAGAAGGCCACAUGAGCGGGUUUCCCGAUAGCGAUGCGGUGCAAGUUGACUAUGAUCCUGCAUCACUGCAGUACAUGUUGGACUUUUUCCGAACUGUUGCACAGUCAAUUCCCACCGAAUCAUCUCCCGGCACGUCUCAAGAUGGAGAAAUUGUUCCCCUGGAUCCAAUGGGCUCCCGUGAAGACGCUUCAAAGAGGGCUGGCAUCAUCGUCCUAAGAGAGGAUCUUGACUUUUAUGCAAUCCCACCCAAGUCGGAUAUCAGCCAACCCGACAUGAUUGAAGUCAAACGCGCAGCGGCACGAGCACUGCUCAAGCAGGAUGGCAUCUUUUCUGGGCUAAAACGUAGCGACGAACCCGGAACGACUGAAGCUCACCUGAUUGAGAUGCUGACGGCAGGUGGCUUUAAUCACGAUGACUGCUGGGGCCACCGGGCUGGCGAACCUAACAAGGCCGUCAUCUGCAGCCUGGCACUCGCUCGAUUGCGCAGCGACAUUCGUGGCAACGAAAUGGGCAACAAUGCCGUCGGCAUGGCACAGAAGCUGCUGCUAUUCUGGCGAAAACCGGCUAGACGAUGCUGGUGGGAGGGCAUCGAGCUGGACAACGUCGAGGGCGUCGAGGGCAAGCUCAAAGUAUGGAUCAGGCGAGUGUGGACGUUGGAGAUGAGUGUGAUUGGACUCCGUUGA